AUGUGCGGGCGGACGUCCUGCCACCUGCCCAAGGAGGUCCUCGCCCGGGCCUGCGCCUACCGGGACCGGCAGGGCCAGCGGCGGCUCCCAGAGUGGAGGGACCCGGACCGGUACUGCCCGUCGUACAACAAGAGCCCGCAGUCCAGCAGCCCGGUGCUCCUGUCCCGGCUGCACGUAGAGAAGGGCGCAGACUCAUCUGAGCGUAUCAUUGCUCCCAUGCGGUGGGGCUUGGUCCCAUCUUGGUUUAAAGAAGCUGAUCCUUCCAAGCUGCAGUUCAACACUAGCAACUGUCGUAGUGACACCAUAAUGGAGAAGCGGUCCUUUAAGGUGCCUCUGGGAAAGGGGAGGCGCUGUGUUGUUUUAGCAGAUGGUUUCUAUGAGUGGCAGCGAUGUCGGGGAGCAAACAGGACGCAGCCCUACUUCAUCUACUUCCCCCAAAUCAAAACAGAAAAGUCAGAGAGCAUGGGUGCUGCAGAUGGCCCUGAGGACUGGGAGAAAGUCUGGGACAACUGGAGGCCGCUGACAAUGGCCGGGCUCUUUGACUGCUGGGAGCCCCCGGCGGGAGGAGACUGCCUGUAUUCUUACACCAUCAUCACAGUGGAUUCCUGCAAAGGCUUGAAUGACAUCCACCACCGGAUGCCUGCCAUAUUAGAUGGAGAGGAGGCAGUCUCUAAGUGGCUGGACUUUGGGGAGGUCUCAGCUCAAGAAGCUCUGAAGUUAAUUCACCCCACAGAGAACAUCACCUUCCAUCCAGUCUCUUCCGUGGUGAACAACUCCCGAAACAACACUCCUGAGUGUCUGCUUCCUGUCGACUCGCUGAUCAAAAAGGAGCUCAAGGCAGGUGGCAGCAGCCAGAAGAUGUUGCAAUGGCUGGCCACAAAGUCACCCAAACAGGAAGACACCAAAACACCCCAAAAGGCAGAGUCAGAUGUGCCCCAGUGGUCCAGCCAGUUCUUGAAGAAGAGCCCGUUCCCCCCCAGGAGAGGCGGUGCUGACCUCCUGGAGCGAUGGCUGAAGCGGGGGGAGGGGGAGGGGGAGGGGGAGGAGCCUGUGGCCAAGCGGCCUCACACCCAGUAG